AUGGUUUCGAAACUUCAACGAGUUGCUACUGCAGCAGCAAGAAAGGCGGUUACACGCAUGCAAGCUAUCAAAGAGAGUACUUCUCACGACUCAGCAUCUGGUGAUUCGUCACCUGUUGUUGUGAACAUUCAACGUGGUGAGUCACUAACUGCGAAAGAUACAUCCGCUGCAUAUGCAGCGGGUACCGCGAAUCGCAAUCUAGAUGAGUCUGAAAUAGAGCUCAUAUCUUCUGGCGAGUCGGAUGAUGUAUCCGACUCGAAGGCGACACCUCACGCCUCCGGGUCACCUGGGGCGGACACUGCAAGAACCAGGGUGAAUGGCUCUGGUGAACGUGGUGGUAUCCUGUCCGAGAAUUUCGGAUUGAGCGAUUAUUCCGACGAAUCUCCGCCUCACGCAAGUCCAUAA